AUGCCUGCCUCGGCACCAAAUGCGCCGGAGUCCGCUGAGGGCGGUGACACAGAGAACGCAAAGUACCAGGAGAUAAUGACAGAAACGCCAUUUUCUGAGACCAGCCUGUCGCCGUUCCUGCUGGAGGCUGUCGAUGCAAUGGGUCACAAGAACAUGACAAGGAUACAGGAGGCAUCGAUCCCUGUAAUCCUGAGCGGAAGGAACAUGACUGCCAAGGCACACACAGGCUCGGGAAAAUCUCUGGCCUUUCUAUUGCCAGCCAUAGACCUUAUCCACAAAGCCAACAUGAAGCUCCAUCACGGCACGGGCGUCAUCGUUCUGACCCCGACGCGAGAGCUUGCAUUGCAGCUGUACAAUGUCGCCACGCAGCUGAUCAGCGCAACAAACAUCACUGUGGGUCUAGCCAUAGGCGGAACGUCGCGACAGAAGGAGGCAAAUCACCUGUGCAAAGGAGCAAGCGUCGUAAUCGCAACCCCAGGGCGGCUGUGUGACCACUUGAACAACACCCCUGGAUUCAAGACCGACAAGCUUUUCAUGCUGAUACUGGACGAGGCCGACAUGCUCCUCGAGUAUGGCUUCCAGCAAGAACUAGAGGCGAUACUACGCAUGCUUCCGGGCCCCAAGUUGCGUCAGGUUUGCUUCUUUAGUGCCACGAUGAGCGACAAGUGUCUAGAGGUACCUCACAUGGAAGUUGACAAAGAGACUCUCAUACGCAUCAACACAGACGUCAAGAGCUCUGCUGCUACGCGGGCCCACUUCGAGCAGGGAUACAUCAUCUGUCCGCCGGAGCAGCGCUUCCUCCUUCUAUACACAUUCAUGAAGCGGCGGUCGGAUAAGAAGAUAAUAGUAUUCCUCAGCAGCAGAGAUAGCGUAGAGUUCUACUAUGAAUUCCUACGGUUUAUUGGGAUGGCCAGCAUACUGAUGCUGGACGGAGGUAUGAAGCAGAAGCAACGGAUGGAGACUUAUAACAAAUUCUGCAACGCACAGAGUGGUGUGCUUCUGGCGACCAAUGUGGCAGCGCGGGGGCUGGACCUUCCUGCCAUAGACUACGUCAUUCAGUUCGACCCGCCCGAGUCUGUGGAGUCGUACAUACAUAGGGCUGGCCGCGCCUGCAGGGGGGACACAGGCAAAAAGGGUGUUGGCCUUCUCUUUUUAAUGAGCCACGAGACAAAGUUCAUCAGUUUCUUGAAGGCUCACAACGUGUCUUUGUUUGAAUUUGAGUUCCCAGCAGACAAGAUAAUAAAUGUACAGGCAGAGAUGGAAAACCUCAUUGCUACAAUAUACUAUCUAAGACGGAAGGCCCAAAAUGCGUACAGGUCCUUCAUCUCUGCAUACGCCUCUCACCAUCUAAAGAAAGUCUUUAACGUCAAUAAGAUAGACCUAGAGUGCCUGGGUCGGAGCUUUGGGCUUACUGAGGUUCCUCGAGUCGAUGUACCCGGCAUUAGCCUGUACAAGAACAUGGAGCGUGAAGCGGCGAAAGCAGCGGCGAAGGCGGCAGCUGUAAGCGCAGCACUCGAUGCACGGAGAAAGGGAGGCGAUAAAGAUGUUAAUGACCACAUAAGCAAGUACGGCAACCUAGGCACAUCAGACAAUGAGACAGAGACUGCGCCACGAGAGCAGACGACUCGCAAAGUAAAGAUAUAG